AUGAGUGCAGAAGCCUUUCUGCAAGCCUUUCGCAGAUUUGCUGCACGAAGAUCUUGCCCAAAAUUAAUGAUCUCAGAUAAUGGAUCUAACUUCGUGGCAGGAGAAGCUUGCUUACAAGAAAUAUGGAACCAUCCAGAAAAAAUUAAUCUCACCGAGUUACAGACCCUUGUCGUGGAAAUUGAAGCACGAGUCAACAACAGACCUCUAACCUACUUAACAGAAGAUUUCUCCCAAAGAGAACCCCUAAGUCCAUCUCAUUUGAUUCAUGGUGGUCUUCUGAGCCCUCUAAUAUCUCUAGGAGACGAGGAUCCAGCUGACCCUUCGUGUGUCAAGGCAAGUGACUUGGUGGAGAGUUAUAGACACCUUUCAAGAGUAAUAGAGAAAUGGAAUGAAGUCUGGACACGUGAAUAUUCAACUGCAUUAAGAGAAUAUCAUUAUGGAGCUGCAAGCCCAUACAAUAAAGUUCAACUUAAACCAG